AUGAAGGAUCCAUCAUCCAAACUAACGCAGAUGCGAUUAGAUCUGGAGGAAUACGACUUCAUAGUGCAAUACAUAAAAGUUUCUUCAAUUUUUGACAUUUUUAUUAAUGUUUGCCUAUUUUUUUUCAGCUCUGCUAAUGCCAAAAAAUGGGAAAUUGAGUUGGCAACCUUGAAGAGCAACAAUCUUCGCCUAACAAGCGCACUACAGGAAUCUACUGCAAAUGUAGAUGAAUGGAAACGUCAGCUGCAUUCAUACAAAGAAGAAAACCAACGAUUAAAAAUUCGUUACCAAGAUCUAGAAGCGUCCAAAGAUGGUGGUGCUGCUGGUAGUAGUGGUACAAGUUUAGCAGUUGGUAAUGCGGACCUAACAAAUGAACUCCGUAACGAAAUCAUUCUUCUAAAAAAUAGAAUCGAAAAUUUGGAAAAAGAGCUAAUGAACCAGGAGAUCGAACUGAAGGCUGCUAACAAAAGCUUAAAGGAUAAACAAAAUGAUCCGACGGUUAAACAGCUCACAACACUGUGUAGUCAAUUUUCAAUACAUAUGGUGGAGCUGAGUGGACUCCAAAAAGAAAUGGAAAAGGUUAUUCAGACUCACCACAAAACCACUUGAGAAUUAUAUGAGAAAAAUAACCAUAUUAAGAAAUCAACAGAUGUGAAAAAUGUUCAAGAAGAAUACACAAGAGAUAUGAACAAAUCCCUGAAAAAUAAUUACAUCGCUAACAACAAUGAUGAGGUUGAGGACUACUACAAAUACAUACUCACUGACUGUAGCACACUUUCCAAUGCAUACCUUCAACCAGUUGAAACCAGUACAACCGAUACACAAAAGCGAUCUGUAGCCAAUGCACUGACAACAGUAAUUCCUAAUCUAGCAAAAGCUAGUAUCGUUUUGAUAACCACCAAACUGAACCAGUCUGAUGAAAAUAAACUCAUUCAUUACAAUGUUAGCAGCAGUGGAAACAUGAUCAUCAAUACCCUAAAUGAAACUAAUUUGAAAACAUUCAACUCUGAGCAGGUAGUUAUAAAAGAGAUUACUGCUCAUACUUCGCUGAAACCAUGUACCACUAGAUCUAGUGAACAACAACCGAAAACAGCUACCAUUUUGGUUUCAAAAUCAAAAACGAAAACUGGAC